AUGACAAAAAAAAAUUUUUUAAUAUGUCUAUUUUAUAGCAUACUUUAUUUUUUAAAUACAAAAACAAUAUUUACACCUAUUAAUCUAAUGUUAAAAGAAAAUGUUAAGACAGAAAGUGAUAAUAAUGGUAAAAUAAUUGUAAAAAGAGAUAUAUUGUUAGACGAAUACGCACCAUGGGAUGUAAGUGAAAUACAAUAUUUUAUUGAGUCUCCAGUUAAUGAAGAUAAUGUUAAAAAAGCAAUUGAGCAUAUUGAAAAUAAUACUUGUAUAAAAUUUAAACAAAUGAAUACUUAUUUUGAUGAUAAACAAGGUUUAAUCUUUAAAGAAGGUAUUGUUUGUUCCUCGAAUGUUGGACUUAUUAAUCAAACCAAAUCGCAACCUAUUACUUUAUCAAAAUAUUGUUAUGAAAAAGUUGAAUUAAUUUUACAUGAAAUUGGACAUGCAUUAGGAUUAAUACAUGAACAAUCCCGAAGUGAUAGAGAUGAAUAUAUUACGAUUGAUUAUGAAAAUGUUGAAGAAAAAGAAAAAUACAAUUUUAAAAAAAUUAAUUUUUCUAGCUAUAGAAAUUAUUCGACUCAAUAUGACGUUAAAGCUCUGAUGCAUUAUAAACCAACUGAUUUUGCUAAAAAUACAAAAAAACCAGUAAUUGCUUCAAAAUUACAAAACGCAAAUCAAAAGAACAUGGGUUUUAGUACAAAAAUGACAUUUAAUGAAAUUAAACAAUUAAAUUUAUGUCAUUGUAAUAAAUGCAAUUGGGUUAACAAAAAAGGUAGAAGAACAAAAAAUAACAAUGCGACAAAGUGUGUAAAUGGUGGUUAUCCAGAUCAUAAUGACUGUUCAAAAUGCAUUUGUCCAACAGGAUAUACAGGAACAUUUUGCAGGGAAAUAGAAAAAAGUGAUAAUGGAUGUCCUGAUCAAAAGUAUCAAGUUCAAUCUAGUGUUAAAAAUAUAUAUUUAAUGAAAGAAAAAAAAUGUUAUAUAUUCUUACAGGCAGAAAUUGGAAAGAAAAUAAAAUUGGAAAUAAUUUCUUAUACUUUAACAAUAAAAGCUUUUUGUAACGAAGAAAAUUCUAAUCAAAUAAAAUAUUUUAAAGAUAAAGGUAAUACUGGAUUGCUUCUUUGUGGAAUUCAUCAUUACAUAAAACUCAUAUCACAAAGUAAUUCUGUUCUUAUAGUAUACAGAGGACAAACAGACAGAGAUGCGUUAGGUGUGGGGUUUAUUGAAACAGAUGAAGAUAAGGAAACGACAUAA